UACCAGUAACCAUCGUCUAUACCGGAGCCUUACCGGAGCUUGACUUUCAAUGAAUAUUAUUUGCUCUUGCAGUCACGUGUAUGCAAACAGAACAGAAAGGAAGCAAUGCAGUAGCAACAUGUAGCAUGACGAAAACUGCAAUAAAUUAGAAAACAAUGAAAUUAUAAAAAUAGCUACAAGAUACGACUGAUCAGUUGAGGAACCAUACAAUCUUUCGGGGCAAAAAUACGCUCUUCCGACCGUCGAAGGGAAAUAACACCCAGUGUGGAAGGUUUUGUUAGCAGGCAGUAACCGAAUCGAACACGGACCAAGCCCCAAAAUGACUGCAGCUGUGUUCUUCGGGUGUACCUUUAUUGCUUUUGGACCUGCCAUUUCCCUAUUUUUGUUUACUAUUGCUAGAGACCCACUCCGAGUGAUCUUUCUCAUCGCCGGGGCUUUCUUCUGGUUAUGUUCUCUGCUGCUGUCUUCACUAGUGUGGUUCAUCACAGUUCAGAUAAGCAACAAAGACAGUUCUUCCCAGCAGAAAGGACUUCUCAUUUUCGGUGUAGUGCUUUCUGUUUUGCUCCAGGAGACUUUUCGCUUUGGCUACUACAAACUGCUGAAGAAGGCAAAUGAAGGCUUGCUCAUGUUAAGUUCAGAGGAAACCAUGCCGAUCUCUAUACAGCAACUGGCCUAUGUGUCCGGUCUUGGGUUUGGCUUCAUGAGUGGGGCGUUCUCAGUGGUCAACAUCCUGGCUGACUCUGUUGGCCCGGGCACGAUUGGUAUCCAUGGAGACUCCCAACACUACUUCCUGUCCUCAGCUUUCAUGACCAUGGCAAUCAUCCUGCUACACAUGUUCUGGGGCGUGGUCUUCUUUGAUGCCUGUGAGAAACAGCUCUGGUGGUCCCUGGCUGUGGUCGUUAGCAGCCACCUCCUCGUCUCCUGUCUGACAUUCCAGAACCCUCAGUACGUGGGCAGCCUAGUACCAACCUACAUCAUCAUGUUCCUCAUGGGUCUUUGGGCGUUCGUCUGCGCCGGGGGAUCACUCAGGAACCUCAAAUUCUGCCUUACCUGCAAAGACAAGGACUUCCUGCUUGCCCAUCACCGGCCCAGAUAACGAAACAAGGCUAUGCUUGAGGCACAGCACACACUCUCUGGGGAGUCCAUGCAAAGAUUGCACACACACACACACACACACACACAUACACAUACAUACAUACAGAGGAGUACACACUGGGUCAAUUGACUUCUUUCCUAUUCUCUGUUCUGUACCAUUGUUUCUGCGGUGCUGGGUGCUGUAAGUAGGGAUAUAUUGGAAAGUUAAUACCUUUUUAACACCUUUUAAAUUUUUUACGGCAUUGGCUGUAAAUAACUUGCUGCAAAUUAGACUAUUAUUCAGCAUUUACCCACCACUACAUCCCUGGAAGGCACUGGUCAUAACGCCUUAUGCCCGUAAAAGGGGAAGUGACAAAUUGUGGCUAUCCCUGUGUUACAAUUCAUUAAAAAAAUGUGUUCAGUUUUGGCCUUAAAGGGGAAGUUUACCCAUUUUUUUAUGUGGCCGUAUGUUUGCAAUUGAUCUAGCAGUUUUUUUUUCUCUCUUUAUGGACAAUAUUGGUUGAGAUUUUUCGCUCAUAAUUUACUGUUGAAUGCAAUGCAUUGUAAAAAAUAUUCUCCAAAUCAAAGCAUAUUAAAUCAGAACAUUCUCCAUAUAAAAAAAAUUAUCAAUUUGGCACUGCCAUAAAUUCAUAUUUGAAUGAUAAUGAACAUCAACGUUUGAGGGUUGUUUUUUUUGCGGACAUAUGAAGGCUGGUCCUGGACUACAAAAUGAGAGAAGAUUUAAUCUUGAUUUUUAUUUUGUCCAGGAUUAGACUUAAUCUGUGUCUGUUAUUAGAAUGGUUCAUAGUUUUUUAGCACUGUGUCGGCACGGGGACACACUCACCUUUCAGUCACUGAUCCAAUCAGGGCCAACUCCAGCCUUUUGGGGGCUCUAUGCAACAUUUGAUUUGGAGCCUCUGACCGCUAAAUCUCGCUUAAUGUCUAGAAUCGGCCAUGGUUCCAAUGCUCCCACCAACCUUUCUGCCUCCCCAAAUCAUGAGUAAUAAAUAAAUAUGAAUUCAUGGCACCAGUUGACCAUUUUAUCAUGUAAAUAAUUAGUUUGGAGACGUCUACAGUAAAAAAAAUAAUAAUGUUAUAAAGUUUGUUUGCAGCAUUUCAGGGCAUUUUAUAGUAUUGUUAGACAUGUUUUCAUCACAUUAAAUUCGAUGGUAAGUGAUGAGUCAGCAUCAUGUGAAAACUUUUUAACUAAACAACAAACAACAACAAAAAUGCUUUGGUCAUGAAUUCAGGCUGUAUGUAGAAAUGGGUGAACAAUAAAGAUACCAGACCUAUACGCUCUGGGUUUGUGCCUUCUCCGGUAAUGAUUAGGUCUGUUGUGAUCUGGGACGGUAUUCAUAAAGCGACUCGGAGUAGCAGUGCUCCUCUUAGAUCAACACCCCCCUCACUGUGUCCAUGUUAUCUUCAUAAGUCUAUUGAAAGGUUAAACUGAUCCUAGAUCUGGAUGGCUACUGAUGGGGCAUUCACAUAAUUGACAGCGUAAGAACGGGGUUGUCGUUGGGUCACUUUCAAUAAAGGCUGUAGCUGCAGUGUGCGCGCUGUCCAAAAAUACCAUUCGGUUUCCGCUUGAUUCCGGGAGUCACAGACCCAAUUGUUCCAAGGACAAAACGGAGGAUGAACUGAUUUUGCUUUAUGAGUUCUCAAGGCGAUACAGCGCCACACUGUAAGGGCUAAGGCGAUGUGUGCAUCAGGUGGGGAAUUUACACUCAGGUGGGACUGCCAAGCUAAUAAAUGUAUAGCAGUGGUCACAUUUCAAGCUAUCCUCUUGUUUGUUCAUUGAUACCCAGCCAAGCUAGUUAUUGAAUAGGGUUGGUAUGGUUUCUCGCUAAUGUCAGUAGACCCGCACUGUUUUCUUUCUGUCUGGACUACUGGGCAUAGAGAGCACAGUGGUAUUGAGAUCUGCCCCGCGACGUCAGUCCUACUCCGUUUUUUUCGGCUCCCUAAUAAGGGACUUGUUUAAACCUGGGACCCCAGGCGGGUGCCAUUAAUGAGGCGGUAGAACAGAAGGAUGAGUCCCAGAUUAGGGCGUGGCAAUGGAACAAUGUAACUGGCUUUGAGGGGCAGAUUUGAAUACCACUGGCCUAUCGUGAAUGCCUACCAGACGUUUUGAGAACAUGAGCCCUGUAUUGCUGUGGCAAAUGCCUCCUCCUGUUAGUGUUGAAUCUGUAUAUUGUACCUCAGAUGUUUGUGUGUAUGUUUUGUCACGGUUUAUUUUAAUCUCCCGCUCUGUUGUUUGCGUUCUGUCAAUGCCGCUGUUUCAUUGUCCAGUUCGGAAGGGGCUUCUAAUGAAAACCAAUAAGUGCAUAUCAACAUCUUGAAUGUGGGUCCUGCUCGAAGUAUUUGGAAUAGUUUGAUUAAAUGAACACAAAAAACAACCCCUCUGUCUCAAAGAAAGAAAGUGGCAUAUUAAAUAUUUCAGAUGUCUUUAUUUGUUUGUCUAGAUGAGUAGGCUAUAAUUGGCCUAGACCUGAACUUUACGUACUGAUGAUGAGCUUUACGUACUGAUUCAAGCUGUUAAUCCUUGUUUUAAGGACACUACAUGUUUUUUAUAAUAUCGCAGUCACCUAAAGGGCUGUUCUGAACUAUUUCGCUAAGUACUGGUAUCUUUUAAUUGGCUAAACCUAAUUUCCAAUCAAGUGAUUUACUUUACCUGUUAACUCCUAUUAAUGUAAAUGCCAAGUUUGAGAAGACAUGCCCUUCAGAAAUCAAUGAUGAAAUCUUUACAUACACUACUUAUAUGUAAAUUAUUAUGUUGAUUUAACAUGGAUAUGACUGGUUUAAAACACAAAUCGUUAGAAACUUCAAUGGACUUGAUUUCAGACUAGACUAUAAAAAAACGAGUGUCACUAAUAGUUUCCUCGGAUGACCUUUAUGUAUCUGAACAUAGACAUGAUGAUUACACUGACAGGGUAAAUUUUCCCUCACAACCUUUUGGAAUGUAUAUAAUAUUGUUUCUUAAUUAAAGUAUAUCAUCCUUAA